AUUGCUUGUUAAAAUCUAUCUGAAGGAAGUCCCUCGGUCUUGUAUGCUUCACAUUCCGUUCCUCGAGACCUUCUGUAAUGGAAAGAUGUGCGCUUGUUUAUGCUGUUCUCGUCGUCACUUCUGCAAUAUGUUGCAGAACAGGCUAUGCACAGGAUCCAGGACAAAUUGUUACAAAAGCAUUGUCAUGCUUUAAUGCCAACAAUGUGCAGAUUUAUACUAGGUGCAAUGAAGGAUACAGACUAACCCAGAGUGGAUACCUCAACAUACCUCCUGCUGCAACAGAUCAGUUCUGCUAUGGUCCUUGUUUGGCAGAAACACACUUCGUCCUUGACUGUGUUGAGCAUUCUCUAUCCACCUUUGUAUUCUACAACAAGGCCACAAUUAAUGACAUACGAUCAACACUUCAAGCAGCUUGUGGCCAUACGCAUAGAAGAGCCAACUUCAAUGUAGAAGAAUACAUGCAAGGCUAUUUGCAAGAAGAAUGGAGCAGCGCAAGUCUACCUCCUCCACCAAACAACUUGUUCACCUUAAUUUUCAUUUCUUCAAUGCUAAUUCUCAUGAUCAGAGAAGCUCUAUGAUGUCCUGUCUGACAAGAGGUCAACAAUUAAUUAGAAAUAUUAAGACUUGAAUAGGUUGGCUU